ACUCUAUUCGCAGUGUAUUUGCCCUUCAGACGGACGCCGCUUCAUUCCUAGCGGCCGAGGGCGGAGACCCCGGUGCUGCCGCCGCCUCGUCCGCUACCGUGUGACCCUGCUCAGCCUUGGCUCCGCCGCCUCGUGGGCCUGAUGCUCGCUGACGGGGUCGUCACAGAUGGGGCUGGGAGAACCAAGCCGCGCGGCGCCCGCGAAGCGCUGACGGAAGGUCGUGGCGCUCGGUAACCCAGGCGCCCGGUCGGCCCCCGGCCGCACUCGACUUUGUCCCCAGAUGACGGGAGCGCGCGGCCGCCCAGCUCUGGUGGCUUCUCGGAGCAGGGAGGCUGGGCCCGCUUCGCGGGAGGAAGCCCUGCUCACCCUCCCCAGGGCCGCGGCGCAUCCGGCGGGAGUCCUGGUUCGUGCUCCUGCGAACGCGGGCGCCGGGUGCGGGCCGCGCGCGGGACUCUGCGGCCCACGCGCGGGAGGCGGCUGUUGCCGGGACGCCCGUUGCUAGGGGCGCCGUUGUCGGGGACGCCGGCCCUGCGCUCGGCUGCUUCCGCCCAGCCCCGGCCGGCCCCUGCGCGGCGCCAUGGACGACCUGCGGGUGCUGUGGAUGCGCGACCGCGUGUACACGGCCUUCGGCAUCACCGACCCCCACCUCUUCGAGGAUCUGCUGAACCGCGACGACGGCGAGGCCGAGGACGUCAUCCUCCACUUCCUCAACCAGACGAGCGACGAGGAGGGCGCCCUGACGCUCUUCUUCUACCGCACGGUGGUGCCGGAGGAGGUGGAGCUAGAUGACGAGUUACCUGCCCCAUCUGAAGAGGAAGAGGAGGAAGAAGAGGCUGAAUCUCCAAAGAGAGAGUCGGUGGAUAAAGCCCCAGCUAAGAAUGUGUGGCCAAGAAGUGAUUCCAUGGGUAAACCUUCAGUCAGCAUGGACGGGGAAGACAUGACCCAGGAGAUUUCAGACACGCUGUCUGCUAAGAAAAUUGUUAAACACAUCAUAGAAAACGUUUAUCUCCAUGUGACAUGUACUCCUGUUCCAGAGGAGUUUCUGGGCCAGAAUGUGGUGUUUUUUCUCAGAAACACAAAAGAGGCUGUCACUGAAGCUACUGACAUGAAGGAAGCUAUGGAAAUAAUGCCGGAAACCAUGGAGUAUGGGAUUAUAAAUGCAAAUGUGCUUAGCUUGCUGAAGAACAUUAUCUGUCAGGUUUUUUUGCCAGGUUUAGCUUUCAAUCAACACAAGACAGAAGGAGGUGUGGGAUUUGUACCUGGAGAAGUCCCUGAUUCUUCUGAGAUUGAUUUAGAACUACCUGCUAUUCCUGGGGAAGCAGUAGAAUUUCACAGUGUUCAAUUAAUACGGGAUGAAUUUUUAAUGAACACUCAGAAAUUUGCAAGUAAUAUUCAAAGAACAAUGCAGCAACUUGAAGGUGAGAUCAAGUUAGAAAUGCCAAACAUCAGUGUGGAGGGAGAGGUGUCUGAUCUGGCAGCUGACCAGGAAACUGUUGAUAUCUUGGAGCAAUGUGUGAUAAACUGGUUGACUCAGAUAUCUGCAGCUGUCGAAGGCCAGCUAAGGAAGAUGCCUCAGGGUAACGGUCCUCUAGCUGAAAUUGAUUUCUGGCGGGAAAGAAACACAACCCUAAGUGCGCUCCAUGAACAAACAAAGCUUCCAAUAGUUAGAAAAGUCUUGGAAAUAAUCAGGGAAUCGGACUCUAUGCUUAUGGCUAACCUGCAGCCAGUCUUAACAGAAUUAUUCAAGUUACAUAUGGAGGCCUCAGACAACGUGCGGUUUCUCUCCACCGUGGAGCGCCAUUUCAAGAACAUCACCCAUGGCUCUGGAUUCCACGUGGUCCUGGAAACCAUCCCCUGCAUGAUGAGUGCUCUGAGGAUGGUGUGGAUCAUCUCCAGGCACUACAACAAGGACGAGAGGAUGAUCCCGCUCAUGGAGCGCAUUGCCUGGGAAAUUGCCGAGAGGGUCUGCAAAGUUGUCAAUCUGCGGACUUUGUUCAAAGAAAAUCGCACGAGUGCACAGCACAAGACCUUGGAGGCCAAGAACACCCUUUUGAUGUGGAAAAAGUCCUAUUUCGAUGUCCGGGCCAAGAUCGAGGCUUCGGGGAGAGAAGCUCGGUGGGAGUUUGAUCGAAAGCGGCUGUUUGAAAGGACGGACUACAUGGCGGCCAUCUGCCAGGAUCUCUAUGACAUUCUGCAGGUCAUGGAGGAAUUUUACAGCAUAUUUGGUCCAGAGCUAAAGGCAGUUACUGGGGAUCCCAAGCGUAUUGACGAUGUCCUGUGCAGGGUGGACAGCCUGGUCAACCCCAUGGAAAACUUGACCUUUGACCCCUUCAACAUCAAGUCCUCCCAGGACUGGAAGUAUGUGAUGGACGACUUCAAGAUUGAAGUUCUGGUCAUUGAGAGAGAAGCAAAAAAUUUUAUUGAUGAAUCAUUUAAGACACUUCGAUCAGCUGAAGCAGCAUUUGACAUGCUUUUGAAAUUUAAGCAUAUUCGUUCACGGGAGGCUAUUAAUCGACAAAUGAUGAUGAAAUUUAAUGAUAUUCUUGCACAGUAUUGUAAAGAGGUUGACAUAGUCAAUAAAAUCUUUGUUCAGAACCUUGACAGCCCACCCCUGUAUAAGAAUCACCCUCCGGUUGCAGGUGCAAUAUACUGGGAACGUUCUCUGUUCUACCGGAUUAAGCAAACCAUCCUCAGAUUUCAAGAAGUGGAGGGGAUACUGGACAGUGAGCGAGGAAGGGAAGUAAAACAAAAGUACUUGGAAGUGGGUAGGAGAAUGAAGGAUUAUGAAGAUACAAAGUAUGAGCACUGGAAAGAGACAACAGAACAAAUCCUCCCAACCCUGAUGAAGAAGAGUCUGCUUACCAAGACAUCGGCCAUUACUGAUGAGACCGCCAGCUCUGACAAGGGGACUAUUUUUGCAAUCAAUUUUUCCCCUGCUCUCAGAGAGAUUAUUAAUGAGGCAAAGUACUUGGAACAGCUGGGAUUCACCGUCCCUGAAUUAGCAAGAAAUGUUGCAUUACAGGAGGACAAAUUUCUUAGGUACACAGAAGGCAUACAGCACAUGUUGGAUCAUUAUCACAUGCUUGUGGGGACAUUAAAUGAGGCGGAAUCUGUUCUUCUUAAGGAUCAUUCCCAGGAGUUAGUGAGAGUGUUCGGGUCUGGAUAUAAGAGAUUAAACUGGAACUCACUAGGUAUUGCUGACUACAUAACUCGGUGCAAGCAGGCCAUUGGGAAAUUUGAGUCCCUUGUCCACCAGAUUCAUAAGAAUGCAGAUGACAUUGCUUCCAGGCUUACAUUAAUAGAGAACAUAAAUCUCUUUAAAUAUCCAGCACCCAGAAGUGAGGAGGAACUGCCAGGUGUGAAGGAGUUCUUUGAGCACAUUGACCAUGAACGGGCCAAAGAUGUGGACCACAUGGUCAGGUGGUACCUGGCAAUAGGGCCUCUGCUGACCAAGGUUGAAGGUCUUGUUGUACAGACCAACACAGGCAAGGCCCCUAAGCUGGCCUCCUACUACGAAUACUGGGAAAAUAAAAUUUAUGAAGUCCUGACAAAGCUCAUCCUAAAGAAUUUGCAGUCUUUUAAUUGUCUAAUGCUUGGAGACGUCCCUUUGUUCCAAACGGAAACCAUUUUGACUGCUCCCGAGAUUAUCCUUCAUCCCAAUGCAAAUGAGAUUGACAAAAUGUGUGUCCACUGUGUCCGAGGUUGCGUGGAGAUCACCAAGUAUUUUGUUCGAUGGAUGAAUGGCAGCUGCAUAGAAUGCCCCCCUCAGAAGGGGGAGGAAGAAGAAGUUGUUGUAAUAAGUUUUUUCAAUGACAUUUCUCUGAAUCCUCAGAUAAUUGAACAAGCUGUUAUGAUCCCCCAAAAUAUCCACAGAAUUCUGAUCAGUCUUACGAAGUUCCUGCAAAAAUGGAAGCGGUAUCGACCCCUCUGGAAAUUGGACAAAACCAUUGUGAUGGAGAAAUUUGCUGCCAAGAGACCUCCUUGUGUAUCAUAUGAUGAAAAGUUGCAGUUCUAUUCCAAGAUAGCCUAUGAUGUUAUGCGUCACCCUUUAAUUAAGGAUGAACACUGCAUCCGGCUUCGGCUAGGGCCUCUGGCACACACAGUGCAGGAAAACGCCAAGUCCUGGGUGGUUUCUCUUGGAAAACUUCUCAAUGAAUCAGCGAAGGAGGAACUCCAUAAUCUUCAUGAUGAGUUUGAGCUCCUGGCUAAAAACCUUAAGAAGAGCCCAAAUACCCUUGAAGAUCUCAAGUUUGUCCUUGCAACGAUUGCAGAAAUUAAAAGUAAAUCCUUAGUCAUGGAACUGAGGUACAGGGAUGUUCAGGAGAGAUAUCGUACCAUGGCAAUGUAUAACGUCUUUCCUUCUGAGGCAGAGAAAGAACUGGUUGAGAAGAUUGAGAGCAUGUGGUCAAAUCUGUUUAAAGAUUCGAUGAACGUGGAGCAUGCUCUUGGGGGCAUAAAGAGAACUUUCACAGAGAUUACUCGAGGUGAAAUUUCUAACUACAGACAGCAGGUACUGGAUUUUGCGAAAUGCUUUUAUAGUGAAGGUCCUGGUGCUGUUGGCGACGAUCUUGAUAAAGGAGCAGAACUUUUGGGCACUUUUGAAAAAGAGCUAGCAAAACAUGAAAGGAACCGCCAGGAGCUGGCUAAUGCUGAGAAACUUUUUGAUCUCCCAAUUACAAUGUACCCAGAGCUGCUCCAAGUACAGAAGGAAAUGACUGGGCUGAAGAUGAUUUACGAGCUCUAUGAAGGACUAAAGCUUGCGAAAGAAGAAUGGUCUCAGACGCUGUGGAUCAACCUCAACAUUCAGUUCCUCCAGGAAGGAAUUGAAGGUUUCCUCAAGGCUCUCAGAAGGCUACCUCGGCAGGUCCGCGGCUUGUCAGUGGCCUACUAUCUGGAGGCAAAAAUGAAGGCAUUUAAAGACUCAAUUCCUUUACUUCUUGACUUGAAACAUGAAGCACUAAGAGACAGGCAUUGGAAAGAGCUUAUGGAAAAAACUGGCGUAUUUUUUGAAAUGAGUGAAACAUUCACUUUGGAAAAUAUGUUCGCUAUGGAACUUGACAAACAUACGGAUGUUCUCAAUGAGAUUGUCACAGCAGCUAUCAAGGAGAUCGCAAUUGAGAAGGCUGUGAAGGAAAUUCUGGACACAUGGGAAAAUAUGAAAUUCACUGUGGUCAAGUACUACAAAGGCACUCAGGAGCGAGGCUACAUCUUGGGGUCUGUUGACGACAUUAUUCAGUGCCUCGAUGACAACACUGUCAACCUGCAAAGCAUCUCAGGAAGCAGAUUUGUAGGGCCUUUUCUGCAAACUGUUCACAAAUGGGAAAAAACACUUUCUCUAAUUGGGGAAGUUAUCGAGAUAAUGGGCGAGACUCUGAAAGACCCGGUGAUCAAGAGAUGCUGCGAAGCCCCAAACCGCCUCGGUGAGUUACAGAACAUCAGCGAGGGCCUCGAGAAAUGCCAGAAGAGUUUAAAUGACUACUUAGACUCCAAGAGAAAUGCUUUCCCGCGGUUUUUCUUCAUUUCUGAUGACGAGCUGCUCAGCAUCCUGGGCAACAGCGACCCGCUCUGUGUCCAGGAGCACAUGAUCAAGAUGUAUGACAACAUAGCAGCCCUGAGGUUUAAUGAUGGGGAGAGUGGAGAAAAACUAGUGUCAGCCAUGAUUUCAGCAGAAGGAGAAGUCAUGGAAUUUCGGAAGAUAAUCCGGGCCGAAGGGCAUGUGGAGGACUGGAUGACGGCAGUUUUGAAUGAAAUGAGAAGAACCAACAGACUAAUUACCAAAGAGGCUAUUUUUAGAUACUGCGAAGACAGAAGCAGAGUCGACUGGAUGCUCCUGUACCAAGGCAUGGUGGUGCUGGCCGCGAGCCAGGUGUGGUGGACCUGGGAGGUUGAAGAUGUCUUCCACAAAGUAAAACAAGGGGAGAAGCAGGCCAUGAAGCACUACGGCAGGAAAAUGCACCAGCAAAUUGAUGAAUUGGUGACUCGGAUCACUAUGCCCUUGAGCAAAAAUGACAGGAAGAAAUACAACACGGUUCUCAUCAUUGACGUGCACGCCAGAGACAUAGUUGAUUCUUUCAUAAGAGGCAGCAUUCUUGAGGCCCGGGAGUUUGAAUGGGAAAGUCAGCUGCGGUUUUAUUGGGACCGAGAACCAGAUGAACUCAACAUCCGCCAGUGUACGGGAACCUUCGGCUACGGUUACGAGUACAUGGGAUUGAACGGGAGAUUGGUCAUCACUCCCCUUACGGACCGAAUUUACCUGACCCUCACUCAGGCACUUUCCAUGUAUCUGGGUGGAGCUCCUGCUGGCCCAGCAGGUACCGGCAAAACAGAGACCACCAAAGACCUUGCCAAAGCCUUGGGCUUGCUGUGUGUUGUAACCAACUGCGGAGAAGGCAUGGACUACAAAGCCAUUGGGAAGAUUUUCUCUGGCCUUGCCCAGUGUGGGGCUUGGGGCUGCUUUGAUGAGUUUAAUCGGAUUGAUGCCUCUGUGCUCUCAGUUAUCUCAUCUCAGAUUCAGACAAUUCGAAACGCUCUGAUCCAUCAGUUAACCACGUUCCAGUUUGAAGGGCAGGAGAUCUCCCUGGACCCACGCAUGGGUAUCUUCAUCACCAUGAAUCCAGGCUAUGCUGGCCGCACAGAGCUGCCCGAGUCAGUGAAGGCCCUCUUCAGGCCCGUGGUGGUGAUCGUGCCCGACCUGCAGCAGAUCUGCGAGAUCAUGCUUUUCUCCGAGGGUUUCCUGUGGGCCAAGUCUCUAGCCAAAAAGAUGACUGUUCUGUAUAAGCUGGCCCGGGAGCAGCUCUCCAAGCAGCAUCACUAUGACUUUGGACUCAGGGCCCUUAAAUCGGUGCUGGUGAUGGCUGGUGAGCUGAAGAGGGGCUCUGCUGACCUCAAGGAGGAUGUGGUACUGAUGCGGGCACUACGGGACAUGAAUCUGCCCAAGUUCGUGUUCGAAGAUGUCCCUCUUUUCCUCGGUCUGAUUUCCGAUUUGUUUCCUGGACUAGACUGCCCCCGUGUCCGCUACCCUGAUUUCAAUGAUGCAGUAGAACAAGUGCUGGAAGAGAAUGGCUAUGUCAUCUUACCCAUUCAGGUGGAUAAAGUGGUGCAAAUGUUCGAGACCAUGCUUACCCGCCACACGACGAUGGUGGUGGGGCCCACCGGAGGUGGCAAGUCCGUGGUCAUUAACGCUCUGUGUCAGGCCCAGACCAAGCUCGGGCUGCUGACAAAGCUGUACAUCCUGAACCCCAAAGCUGUUAGUGUCAUAGAACUCUACGGCAUUCUGGAUCCCACCACCCGGGACUGGACAGAUGGAGUUUUGUCAAACAUCUUCAGGGAGAUCAACAAGCCCACGGAUAAGAAGGAGCGCAAGUACAUCUUAUUUGAUGGUGAUGUGGAUGCCCUGUGGGUGGAGAACAUGAAUUCUGUGAUGGACGACAACAAGCUGUUGACAUUGGCCAAUGGGGAGCGCAUUCGGCUUCAAGCACACUGUGCUCUGCUCUUUGAGGUUGGAGAUUUACAGUAUGCCUCCCCUGCAACUGUAUCUCGAUGUGGAAUGGUUUAUGUGGAUCCUAAAAAUUUGAAAUAUGAACCAUACUGGAAAAAAUGGGUUAACCAAAUACCAAACAAGAUGGAGCAAGGCGAUUUACAGCGUCUCUUUGGGAAAUAUGUGCCCUAUCUCAUUGAUGUGAUAGUGGAAGGGAUAGUGGAUGGAAGACAAGGAGAGAAAUUGAAGACUAUUGUUCCACAGACUGAGCUAAAUAUGGUAACCCAGCUGACCAAGAUGUUGGAUGCAUUGCUAGAAGGAGAAAUAGAGGAUCCCGAUCUCCUGGAGUGCUUCUUCCUAGAGGCUCUUUACUGCUCUCUGGGGGCCUCCCUGCUCGAGGACGGAAGGAUUAAAUUUGAUGAAUGUAUUAAACGUCUUGCUUCACUGCCUACUACUGAUACGGAAGGGGUUUGGGCCAGUCCUGGGAAGUUACCAGGUCACCUUCCAACAUUGUAUGACUUUCAUUUUGAUCCCAAGCUGAGGCAGUGGGUCCCAUGGAAUAUAUUAGUUCCAGAGUAUAUCCAUGCUUUUGAGAGGAAAUUCAUUGACAUCCUGGUUCAUACAGUGGAUACAACCCGCACAACCUGGAUGUUGGAACACAUGGUUAAAAUUAAGCACCCUGUUAUUUUGGUUGGUGAAUCCGGCACCUCUAAGACAGCCACUACCCAGAAGUUCCUCAAAAGCUUGAAUAAAGAGACUAAUAUUGUGUUAAUGGUCAAUUUUUCCUCCCGCACUACAUCUUUGGAUAUCCAAAGGAAUUUAGAAGCAAAUGUGGAAAAACGAACCAAAGACACCUAUGGUCCGCCGAUGGGAAAACGCCUCUUGGUGUUCAUGGAUGACAUGAAUUUGCCAAAGGUGGAUGAAUACGGCACACAGCAGCCAAUCGCCUUGCUAAAAUUGCUGUUGGAGAAAGGAUACUUAUAUGACCGUGGGAAGGAGCUGAACUGUAAAAGCAUUCGAGACCUUGGCUUUGUCGCUGCUAUGGGAAAAGCUGGAGGAGGCCGCAAUGAAGUGGACCCGAGAUUUAUUUCACUCUUCAAUGUCUUCAAUGUACCAUUUCCUUCAGAGGAAUCUUUGCAUUUAAUCUAUUCCUCCAUCUUGAAAGGCCAUACCUUGGUAUUUCAUGAGAGCAUCAUGGCUGUGAGUGACAAGUUGACAGAGUGCACAUUAGCACUUUACAAAACUGUUGUCCAGGAUCUGCCUCCCACCCCUUCAAAGUUCCAUUACAUCUUUAACCUCCGAGAUCUGUCACGGGUUUUUAAUGGUCUUGUCCUCACUAACCCAGAGCGGUUCCAGACGGUGACCCAGAUGGUGAGAGUCUGGAGGAACGAGUGUCUGAGAGUCUUCCAUGACCGGCUGAUCAACGAAGCCGACAAGAAGCUGGUACAAGACCAUAUAGGAAGUUUGGUGGAGGAACAUUUUAACGAUGACUUGGAGGUAGUGAUGAGGGACCCUAUACUGUUUGGAGAUUUCCGGAUGGCUCUGCAGGAAGAGGAAGCGCGCAUCUAUGAAGACAUCCAAGACUACGAGGCGGCCAAGGCUCUGUUUCAGGAAAUUCUUGAGGAAUAUAAUGAAAGUAACACCAAAAUGAACUUGGUUCUGUUUGAUGAUGCUCUGGAGCACCUAACCCGCGUGCACCGCAUUAUUCGAAUGGACCACGGCCACACUCUGCUGGUGGGGCUUGGGGGCUCGGGGAAGCAGUCUCUUGCAAGGCUGGCAGCUUUCACAGCCGGCUACGAGGUGUUCGAGAUCCUUCUGAGCCGGGGUUACUCUGAGAACAACUUUCGGGAUGAUCUGAAGAAUCUUUAUCUGAAACUUGGAAUUGAAAACAAAAUGAUGAUCUUCCUGUUCACCGAUGCCCAUGUGGCUGAGGAAGGUUUCCUGGAGCUCAUCAACAAUAUGUUAACCUCAGGAAUUGUACCAGCACUUUUCCAAGAAGAGGAAAAGGAGUCUAUCCUAAGUCAGAUUGGAUCAGAAGCUGUGACGCAAGGGAUCGGACUGGCCAAGGAGUCAGUGUGGCAGUACUUUGUGAACAAAAGUGCAAGUAACCUGCACAUUGUCCUUGGCAUGUCACCAGGGGACACCCUGAGGACUCGGUGCAGAAAUUUUCCAGGUCUGGUAAAUAACACUGGUAUUGACUGGUUCAUGCCCUGGCCUCCCCAAGCCCUGCACGCAGUAGCAAAAUCAUUUUUAGGGAAUAAUCUGGUGAUCCCAAUGGAAAAUAUAGAAGAUCUGGUAGAACAUGUUGUUAUGGUCCACGAAUCUGUGGGUGAAUACAGCAAACAAUUUCUACAGAAAUUGAGGCGCAGCAACUACGUCACUCCCAAGAAUUACCUGGAUUUUAUUAACACAUAUUCAAAAUUACUGGAUGAGAAAACUCAGUAUAAUAUAGCUCAGUGCAAGCGCUUAGAAGGAGGGCUGGACAAGCUAAAGGAGGCCACCAUUCAGCUGGACGAGUUGAACCAGAAGCUGGCUGAGCAGAAGAUCGUGCUGGCGGAGAAGUCGGCCGCCUGCGAGGCCUUGUUAGAGGAGAUCGCCACCAAUACGGCCAUAGCGGAGGAGAAGAAGAAGCUCGCUGAGGAAAAAGCCAUGGAGAUCGAAGAGCAAAACAAGAUCAUUGCAGUGGAGAAGGCGGAGGCGGAGACUGCACUUGCCGAGGUCAUGCCCAUCCUGGAGGCUGCCAAGCUCGAGCUGCAGAAACUGGACAAGUCUGACGUGACGGAGAUUAGGUCCUUUGCUAAGCCUCCUAAACAGGUGCAAACAGUCUGUGAAUGCAUCCUAAUCAUGAAAGGUUACAAAGAACUCAACUGGAAAACUGCCAAAGGCAUGAUGUCUGACCCCAAUUUCCUGAGGUCUUUGAUGGAGAUGGAUUUUGAUUCAAUUUCCCAGAGUCAAGUUAAAAAUAUAAGAGGCCUCUUAAAGACUCUCAAUACCAAAGUUGAAGAAAUGGAAGCUGUCAGCAAAGCAGGGUUGGGAAUGCUGAAAUUUGUUGAAGCUGUAAUGGGCUACUGUGAUGUUUUUAGAGAAAUCAAGCCCAAAAGAGAGAAGGUGGCCAGGCUGGAGAGGAAUUUUUACCUCACUAAACGGGAACUAGAAAGGAUCCAGAAUGAGUUAGCAGCAAUCCAGAAAGAACUGGAAGCUUUGGGCGCCAAAUAUGAGGCAGCCAUAUUGGAAAAGCAGAAGCUGCAGGAAGAAGCGGAAAUCAUGGAGAGACGACUGAUUGCUGCCGACAAGCUCAUCUCAGGUCUAGGGUCUGAAAACGUCAGGUGGCUGAAUGACUUGGAUGAACUGAUGCACCGUCGAGUGAAGUUACUAGGAGACUGCCUGCUUUGUGCGGCCUUCCUGAGCUACGAAGGGGCCUUUACAUGGGAGUUCCGAGACGAGAUGGUUAAUCAAGUCUGGCAGAACGAUCUCCUGGAGAGGGAGAUUCCCCUGAGCCAGCCUUUUAGAUUAGAAAACCUGCUCACGGAUGAUGUUGAGAUUAGCAGGUGGGGCUCCCAGGGACUGCCUCCUGAUGAGCUCUCCAUCCAGAACGGCAUCCUUACCACCAGGGCCAGCCGCUCCCCGCUCUGCAUUGACCCCCAGCAGCAGGCUCUGAACUGGAUAAAGAGAAAAGAGGAGAAGAACAACCUGCGGGUCGCCUCCUUUAACGACCCUGAUUUCCUCAAGCAGUUGGAAAUGUCCAUAAAGUAUGGCACUCCAUUCCUGUUCCAUGAUGUUGAUGAAUAUAUUGAUCCUGUGAUUGAUAAUGUCUUAGAAAAGAAUAUAAAAGUCUCCCAAGGACGGCAGUUCAUCAUUCUGGGAGACAAAGAAGUUGACUACGAUACAAAUUUCAGACUGUAUCUAAAUACCAAGCUGGCCAAUCCAAGAUAUUCCCCGUCUGUGUUUGGGAAGGCAAUGGUGAUCAAUUAUACUGUCACUCUGAAGGGUCUCGAAGACCAGCUGCUCAGUGUUCUGGUGGCCUUUGAGAGGCGAGAGCUGGAGGAGCAGAGAGAGCAUCUCAUCCAGGAGACCAGCGAGAACAAGAACCUGCUGAAGGAUUUGGAAGACUCCCUCCUUCGGGAACUGGCAACCUCCACGGGGAAUAUGCUGGACAAUGUGGAGCUGGUGCAGACGCUAGAGGAGACCAAAUCCAAAGCAACAGAGGUGUCAGAGAAGCUCAAGCUGGCGGAGAAGACAGCCCUGGACAUCGACAGGCUGCGGGACGGCUACCGGCCAGCCGCCCGGCGCGGGGCCAUCCUGUUCUUUGUUCUGUCUGAGAUGGCCCUCGUGAACUCCAUGUACCAGUACUCCCUGAUCGCCUUCCUAGACGUCUUUGGGUUGUCACUUAAGAAAUCGCUGCCUGAUUCCAUUCUUAUUAAGCGACUAAGGAACAUUAUGGACACGCUGACCUUCAACAUCUAUAACUACGGUUGCACAGGGCUGUUUGAGAGGCACAAGUUACUCUUUUCAUUUAAUAUGACUAUCAAGAUAGAGCAAGCAGAAGGGAGAGUCCCCCAAGAAGAAUUAGAUUUCUUUUUAAAAGGAAACAUUUCCCUGGAGAAAAGCAAGCGAAAAAAACCCUGUGCUUGGCUGUCUGACCAGGGCUGGGAAGAUAUCAUUCUUUUAUCAGAAAUGUUUCCAGACAACUUUGAACAUCUUCCUGAUGAUGUGGAGAAUCAUCAGACUGUCUGGCAGGAUUGGUAUGACCUGGAUUCGCUUGAGCAAUUUCCAUUCCCCUUGGAUUAUGAUAAAAACAUCACCCAUUUCCAGAAGUUGCUUAUUUUGCGCUGCUUCCGUGUGGAUCGGGUAUAUCGGGCAGUGACUGAUUAUGUGACUGUAACGAUGGGAGAGAAGUACGUGCAGCCCCCAAUGAUCAGCUUCGAAGCCAUUUUUGAGCAGAGCACUCCAGCUUCACCCAUUGUUUUCAUCCUGAGUCCGGGCUCCGACCCUGCCAGUGAUCUUAUGAAGUUAGCUGAGCGAAGUGGCUUUGGAGGAAACCGCCUCAAAUUCCUUGCCAUGGGCCAAGGUCAAGAAAAGGUGGCCCUGCAGCUGCUGGAGACAGCAGUGGCUCGUGGGCAGUGGCUGAUGCUGCAGAACUGCCACCUCCUGGUCAAGUGGCUGAAAGAUCUGGAGAAGUCCCUGGAGAGGAUCAACAAGCCUCACCCAGACUUUCGCCUGUGGCUCACCACGGACCCCACCAAGGGCUUUCCCAUUGGGAUUCUGCAGAAGUCCUUAAAGGUUGUCACAGAGCCACCCAACGGACUGAAACUCAACAUGAGAGCAACUUACUUCAAGAUCUCCAGUGAAGCCCUAGAGCAGUGUCCGCACCCUGCCUUUAAGUCCCUGGUCUACGUGCUGGCCUUCUUCCACGCUGUGGUGCAGGAAAGAAGAAAGUUCGGGAAGAUCGGAUGGAAUGUGUAUUACGACUUCAACGAGUCUGACUUCCAGGUCUGCAUGGAAAUUCUGAAUACGUACUUAACAAAAGCCUUCCAGCAAAAUGACCCGAGGAUCCCGUGGGGCAGCCUCAAGUACCUGAUCGGAGAGGUCAUGUAUGGAGGACGGGCCAUUGACAGCUUCGACCGGCGCAUCCUGACCAUCUACAUGGAUGAGUACCUGGGAGAUUUCAUUUUCGAUACUUUCCAACCAUUCCACUUCUUCCAGAACAAAGAAGUGGACUAUAAAAUCCCCCUGGGUGAUGUCAAGGAAAACUUUGUUGAAGCCAUUGAAGCCCUUCCACUUGCCAACACCCCUGAAGUGUUUGGUCUUCAUUCCAAUGCUGAGAUUGGAUAUUACACUCAGGCAGCUCGAGCCAUGUGGGGUCACCUUCUAGAACUGCAGCCUCAGACAGGGGAAUCCAGCACUGGCAUCAGCCGUGAUGAUUACCUCGGCCACGUGGCCAAGGACAUAGAAAACAAGAUGCCCAAAGUCUUUGACUUGGACCAGGUCAGGAAGAACCUUGGCAUGGGAAUCUCCCCCACCUCGGUGGUCCUCUUACAGGAGCUAGAACGCUUCAACAAGCUUGUGAUACGCAUGUCCAGGUCUCUGGUUGAACUUCAAAGGGCCUUGGCUGGAGAAGUUGGCAUGAGCAGUGAGUUAGAUGACAUAGCCAGAUCUCUUUUUGUGGGACACAUCCCUAACAUCUGGAGAAAGCUUGCCCCUGACACCUUAAAGACUCUUGGAAAUUGGAUGGUCUACUUCCUGCGGCGGUUCAGUCAGUACACGUCAUGGGUCACUGAGGGUGAGCCCAGUGUGAUGUGGCUCUCAGGGCUGCACAUCCCAGAAUCCUACCUCACAGCCCUGGUGCAGGCAACCUGUCGGAGGAAUGGCUGGCCGCUGGACCGCUCCACCUUGUUCACGCAGGUGACCAAGUUCCAGGAUGCAGAUGAAGUGAAUGAGCGAGCAGGACAAGGGUGCUUUGUCUCAGGACUGUACCUUGAAGGUGCUGACUGGGACAUAGAAAGAGGAUGUCUUAUCAAGAGCAAACCCAAGGUGCUUGUUGUCGACCUGCCAGUUCUGAAGAUUAUUCCCAUCGAAGCGCAUCGCCUCAAGUUGCAGAAUACCUUCCGGACUCCUGUCUACACCACCUCCAUGAGAAGGAACGCCAUGGGUGUUGGCUUGGUGUUUGAAGCUGAUCUCUUUACCACGAGGCACAUUUCUCACUGGGUGUUGCAAGGAGUCUGCCUCACCUUGAAUUCUGAUUAGCAAUUUGGGCAAAAAAUACUGGAUUUGGAAUUCUAGGUCUGUGGCUGGUGCUGGGAAUUCAUGAAGAAGAUCAAGUCUGCUGUCAUUUCCUGGGUGGCUCAAAGCCCACAUGCAUAAAUGUGUGCAGACAGGAGGGGCACUGACGCUGACUUGCCUCUAAUGUGCAAUCAGCAGCUUUCCAUAUAAACUAACUAGAAUGGUGUUUUUUUUAACUAUUUUUUUCUUUUAGGAUUCUGUGUAUUCAUAAAGAUAAUACUAGAGCAUUUUAA